GUGGACACCUAGCAAUGUGGAUAUAAUGGAGGACUAGACCACGUAAUUUUAACUACGAGCACUGGAACGGUUGAACCCAUAUCUUGUCAAAACUAGGAAAGUAAGGCGAUUCUCUUCCAUUAGUCUUCUACUUCUUCAUGAUUAGUUUCUUGAUUAGAGCUUACGACUGAUCUGCAUCCGCUUAAUCUCCAAGUGGGAUUCUGUGAUUUUCUCGUAUGAAUGCUUUUAGUUGAGUUAUCAUACAGUUGAGCUUGAGCAUACUCUUGACAAUUUCUGAAAUGUUACUGAAGAAAUCAGGUGAUUAGUUUUUGUUGUUUAUGCUGGUUCUUGAUGGUCCAUGUUUCUCCAUGAUACAUCUACAGGUACAAAUUUCUUAUAGAUUUGCAGAGGGAAUGUGAAGAUGAACAGCAUUACUCAUUUUAGCCCUCCACAUGAGCUUAAGCGAGAGGAAAUGGUUAUACGGAGUUACGAGAAAUGUAAACUGUGUCAGCAAGAGGUUCUUCCAGGAGUGGUAUAUAGGUGUGAGAGACCUAAAUACUUCGUUCAUGGAAGCUGUGCUGAACUUCCAUGGCAUCUGAGGCAUCCCUUUCAUCCUGAUCACACUCUUACUCAAUUUGACAUCGCACCUGACUCCAAAAGUUGCAGUGUUUGUGGUGACCAUUUUGGGGGCUGCGCUUACCGGUGCUCUGAAUGUGAAUUCGUAUUGAAUCUUUCUUGUGCUGCCUUGACACCUUCCAGGAUUAGGGGUCCAGAACUUAAGAUUAAUCAUCAGCAUCCCGUUACUGCUUUUGACAAACCAAAAGACCACAAGUAUUCCUGCUUUAUUUGUGGCGAACCUUUUGGAUAUUAUCAAGCUAUCUACUUUUGUUCGGAAUACAAACGUUUGAUGCAUGAAUCAUGCUUCACAAUUCCACAAACACAAAUCGAGCGUCCCUUUCACCGCUGUAAACGCUCAACCACCUUGACCUUUCUGCUUCGUACUCUUCCGGACAGGCUCUGCAAUCUUUGCGGUCAAUGGCCAAGUCCGCGUUUUUUUAUUCCAAUGUUCCUCGUGCGACUACUGUGAAGACCUUGAUUGUGCCAAGUUGGUGCCAACAAUCAUGGACUCCGACAGACCUGAUCAUGGAUACAUUGAAGUUCAACCUACAAGCCACGACCAUCGUUUGAUUCAAUGUAACAGUAUAAAGAAUUUCAAACGUAACUGCUCUGGUUGUGGACUACCAUUCGAUGAUUCCAUUUACGUU